GUUCUUGCCGUCACAGUCGAUCCUUUGCCGGGCCACGAACAAGUCACGUCGAACAAAAAGGUGUUUUGUGUUUUUGAAAAGGAGGGGAAUUUUACGCAUAUGAGUGUGUCGACAAUAUUUAAACGAGGAACUAUUAAAAAGGGCAGCUCAUUGAAAAGGAGAUAUGACGAGCGGUUGGCUAUUGGCAGCAGCGCUCACGGCUCUGAUGGGUCCAGUUUGCUGUCUUAGAGUGACGGGAUUCAAGGUGCCCAAUAUAGCGCUGAUUGGAAGCGAUGUCGAACUGGACUGCUCCUUCAGCGCGGCCAGAAAUGCGAAACUCUAUUCAGUGAAAUGGUACCAGAAUCACGAGGAAUUCUAUCGCUACAUGUUCAGCGAACGGACACCCGUCACGGCAUUCACGCGUCCAGGAAUCAACGUCGACUUGGCUCGAUCGAACAACAGCAGAGUGACGCUCAAAUCGGUCAACUUUAACUCGUCGGCUACUUUCCGGUGCGAGGUAUCGGCAGACGAGCCUGACUUUGAGACCGUUUAUCGUCGAGCCAACAUGACUGUCAUCCAGGUUUCAGAAGAUGGACCGCUCAUCAACGGCCUGAGGGAUCAAUACGAGCUGAACGAGCAACUGAACGUUAAUUGCACAUCGCCGUCCAUCACGCCCAACAUCGGCACCCAUCAGACCAAACUCUCCUGGCAGCUCAACCGACAAACGAUGGACGGUCAGACGAUUCAAAUGCAGUCAGCCGAUCCUUCUCAGACCGUCAUCAACUUACGUUUGAUCCUAACCGAACGCCACUUCGAUCCAAAAACGGGUUUGCUUCGUCUUAACUGUUCGUUCACUGUCGGACGUCCGACCGCCAUUUACUUCAAUCGUAGUCUGGAACUUAGCGCCGCCCUUAUGCAUCCGACGACCGUACUCGAUCCAAGACCAACACAGCGCUCAUAUAAAAGCAAAGAUUCACGCUCUGCCUCCUAUUCUUCAGGUGGCCGACGGCAAUUUCGGCUUUCACUUGUCACGUUCCUGGCCGUCAUUCCUUACGCUUUGUGGACGUGCUGCAAUCCAUGCUGAUGGCCGUUUCCAUUUUAUCUCUUGUUUGAUUUUCAACAAGAUUUGUCUGAGGUUAAAUGUCUGCCAAAAAAAAAAAAAAAAGGAAACCCCAAUAAACAAGCAGGAAGAGAACUUACCCAAAAUGUCUAACCCGUUGUAUCUGAUGUGUCCAUCCCUCAUCGUCAUUCAACGUUUUAUUUUCAAUUUUUAUUUAAACGUUUUACAUUCGCAUUUCGAUUCAAUUUUAAAAAUCUCUUACCCUCCCCCUGACGUCCAAUUAGCUUUCUAUAUAUUAUUAUAUAAAUAUGAUUGUAUAAAAGGUGGAUAUAUCAAAAACAGCACAUCGCUGAUGGCAUCAGGUUUUUUUUUUUAAUUAGCAUGUCAACAAGCAAAAUGGGCAAGAGCCCAAGACGGAGCCAAACGAUGCGGAGGAACAAACGGACGCAGAUAAUAAAAAAGCAAAAAACUUGAAGCAAAAAUUGUCAAUGUGUAUAAUUAUUACAAUAAGGCAGUGGUUGUAUAUGUGUCAUAUCUCCUUUCAUCCCAAUCCCCCAAACGGUGUGUCAUUUGCAAGGAAGAAAAAGAUUUAAAAAAAAGGACGAAGUUGAUUGCUAAUUAUUUGGGUUAUUUUUUUCCCCCUUUGUCCUCGGCCAUAGAGAACGGAAGAACAAAAGAAUUACUGGAUAUAGAAGCGCGUGUAAUGAUGAACACUUUUCGCAUCUGUAUAAAUGAUGAUUCAAUACAUAUUUGACGGUGCUGUAACAAUAACCCCAACAUAAAAAAAGACUU